UUCAAAACAUUGCUUCAGACAUGACGCGCCGAAGUCUACGAGGAUGUUUGAUGGUUUUCGUUGGCCUUUGCGCUUCGAUGAGAUGGACUUUCCUCCCUGUCCCCAGUGGUACUUCGAGGCGCGACUUGCUGCUGAGACUUCCUGUUGCAACCAGUGUUGCUUCUCCCCUGGCAGCCAUAGCAGUGCCGUCAGUACAAGAGGUGAAGCAAGAACUGUUGAGUUUGGCUGAUGAGACAAAGCGUGGUACCACAGCUUCGAGUGAUCAGAAAAGGCGGAUGAGCCAAUUGGCAGACGAGCUGACUUCGGCUGCCCCAGUGUCUACCAAGAGCAUGCUGACAGGUACCUGGAACUUGGCUUACACCACUGAGAAGGAGGUGCUCUCCUUGAUCGGAGAUCCAGGAGUGGAUGUGUACCAGAAGGUGGAUGUGGAGCAGGGAACCCUGGGGAACAGCAUUGCUUUCACCGACGGCAAGCGCUUUGAUGUGGCUGGCAAGAUCGACACCAAAGCGCGAUCCGGCGCCAACGAUGAGGCACCUUAUGGGCUUCGCAGUGAUUUCGCCUUCACUGGAGCCAGUCUGAAAGUGCCGCCUCUGCAGCUUCCACUGCCACCCUUUGGUGCUGGCUGGUUUGUCUCGACAUAUUUGGAUGAGAACCUUCGAGUGAAUCGCGAUUCUCGAGGGGAUCUGGCAAUCUAUGUGCGUGCACCAGCAUGAUACUUCGUGAGGAAAA